GCAGGAGAGAAGGGAGGGGGGAGGAGAGCGAAGGCAUGCUCGGCGGCGCUUGCUCCCUCCCUCCCUGGCCUCCUCCUCCUCCUCCCCCCCCUUCCCUUACCCUCCCCUCCGUCGGCCGCUCUGCUGCCUGCCUUGCCUUGCUUUGCCUUGGCUGCCUGGCCUUGCUGUCGCCGGCGCUGAGAGAGCCGGAGCGAGCGAGCGAGCGGGCGCGUGGUGUGUGUGUCCUGUGAGUGACGCGGCGGAGGUGUAGUUUGACGCGGUGUGUUACGUGGGGGAGAGAAUAAAACUGCGGCGAGAGCCUCGGCGCGAACGAAAGCAGUGACGGAGCAGCCUCUGGCCGGUUUUGAAUCAACUUACGUUACCUGAAAGUUACAACAAUACAUUUGUGUGAUCAACAGUACAGUAUCUCCAUGUUUAUUGAUACUGCAAUUCAUUAAGGUAACUAAAUGACCAUGGAAUCUGGUGCAGACAACCAGCAGAGUGGAGACGCAGCUGUUACAGAAGCAGAAAAUCAACAAAUGACGGUACAGCCACAAAUAGCAACAUUAGCCCAGGUAUCUAUGCCAGCAGGUCACGGAACAUCUUCUGCUCCCACUGUAACCUUAGUACAGCUCCCCAACGGGCAGACUGUUCAAGUCCAUGGUGUUAUUCAGGCUGCCCAGCCAUCGGUGAUUCAGUCUCCACAAGUCCAGACAGUUCAGAUAUCCACCAUUGCAGAGAGUGAAGAUUCACAGGAAUCAGUAGACAGUGUCACAGACUCCCAGAAACGCAGGGAAAUUCUCUCCAGGCGACCUUCGUACAGAAAAAUCUUGAAUGACUUGUCCUCAGAUGCCCCGGGUGUGCCAAGAAUUGAAGAAGAAAAGUCUGAAGAGGAAGCAGCAGCACCUGCCAUCACUACUGUUACAGUGCCAACUCCAAUUUACCAAACAAGCAGUGGGCAAUACAUUGCUAUUACCCAGGGCGGUGCAAUCCAGUUAGCCAACAAUGGCACAGAUGGAGUCCAGGGCCUGCAGACACUGACCAUGACCAAUGCUGCUGCAACCCAGCCUGGUACCACCAUUUUACAGUAUGCCCAGACCACAGACGGACAACAGAUUCUUGUACCCAGCAACCAAGUUGUUGUACAAGCUGCCUCAGGAGAUGUCCAGACUUACCAAAUCCGCACUGCACCCACAAGCACCAUUGCCCCUGGUGUUGUCAUGGCAUCGUCCCCAGCCCUUCCCACCCAGCCUGCAGAGGAAGCAGCACGAAAGAGGGAAGUCCGUCUAAUGAAGAACAGGGAAGCAGCACGCGAGUGCCGCCGGAAGAAAAAGGAAUAUGUCAAAUGUCUAGAAAACAGAGUGGCUGUGCUUGAAAACCAAAACAAGACAUUGAUUGAAGAACUGAAAGCACUUAAGGACCUUUAUUGCCACAAAUCGGAUUAAUUUUAGAUCCCAAUUUUUUGGCUCGUUAAUGCAGGAGAAAGACUGGUUUGGUGACAGCCAGAAAGACAAAGUGAACUUUUAAUUUUCUAAACAUUUCUGUUUUUUUUAAUCUACGCGCAAAACUGCCUGAAAGCAACUGCAGAAUUUAAUUCGUCUGUGCUUUGCAUUAAACUGUGAAUGUUGAGACACCUGCCUCCACUCCCCCCCCCCCCCCGUCCCCUGCCCCCAGAUUAUUUUUGUCACUAGUGUGAAGAGAAAGAAUUGACUUCCUCACUUCCCAUCCUUUUCACGGAAUAAGCAUGUUCACUUCCAAAGUUAUUGGAUGCGGCAACAAUGCUGUAAGGAUUUCAAGAUGUAGUGUGCUCCACUUGUCGGAAAACCCCAGAGAGGCAGCCUCUGCCUCUGAAGUAAACAGAGGCCAUGUACAGGUAUGAUACACCAAGGAAGCUAUGGUUGCCAAAUUGUUUCAUGGUUUCUAACAUCCAUCCUCAGACUGUACAGUUGCAGCUCUCUAUAUAUGGUGGAAUGAUGCCAAAGGAUAUAUACUGCUUCAGGUGUUAUAGAUAUCAGAGUAACAGAGAGAAAGGGUCAGAGAGAGGACAGGUUGAUGGCCUGUCCUCCCCCUCCCCAGUUUUUCAGAGCUUUUCUAUACUGUAAAAUUGAUUACGUUGAUCUUCUGUAAUUUGGGAAGAAGUGGUAUAUUCAAUGAUAUGCAUUCAUGUGCAGAAGUUACCAAAUACCUUUGACAUAAUGAUCAAUUCCUAAUGACCAGUACAAUAGGAACAACAACUUUUAGUGUAGAAAAGACACUGUUAUAAGGAAUUGUUCAUUAAAAGCACUACCUUUUUGUUUUGCUCCAUCCAAAGGUGAUGUUAUCCAAGGCCACCAUUAUCAGAAACAAAGCCAACACAAUGUACAUUUUGGGUGAAGAUGGAAAAACAUACAGCCCAUCCUAAUUAUAUUAUGCAAAUACAAGUUUUUUAAACACUCCCUUUUGAUAUAGCCUUUAAAUUAUCAUUUAGUGCCCCAAAAAAGGAGCCAGGGUUAAUAUAAGAAUCAGAGCAAAUGACAUAGCAGAAAAAAAUUCUUACUAAAAUUUUAUUGUGUACAAUUGUGAAUUUUGUCCAGUAAACUAAUGGAUUAAACACUGUCUUCCAAUGCAGUUAAAGCCAACCAAUCUGAGCAGAACCUUGGGAUUAUCAGUAAAGUUCAGCUGCAGAAAUUUAAAUGCAGCACUUGCAUUUAACAGCUACAUUUUCCCUGCAAUACUUUGUAAGAAUCUUAAAUGAAACAUGACUAUUCAGACUGAUAAUUGAAGAAGUUAGGGUAAGGGUUAGACCUUCAUAGUGAAUAUGGAAACAGAAACAUUUUAGAGAAUGUAAAUUUAUUUUAAUCUCUAAUUUAAGCGGAUAAUCUUGAUCUUUAUCAAUGUAGGUAAUUAAUGUAUAUAGUACUGGAUAAUAGAUUUUCUGAAACAAAAAGAAACACACAAAACAUUUGAGAGAUGUUAUCAGAUGAGAUGAACAUCUGUAGUCAUAUUGACUAGCCAUUUAAGAGAAAGGAAUUCUAUUGACAAAGUCUAAAUGUAAUGCAUGGGAGCAAAUUAGAUUUGGCUGUUUAUAAAACACUGAAAUAGUUCAUAGAAUUAAAAAGUUUUCAAGCCUCCCUUUAAGCAGCCUUUCCGUGGGCCUGCUUUUAUUCACUAUCAAAUUUGCUUUUCAAUCUAUAGUUGGUUCAGAAGAUGGACCGUAUGUUUCUAAAACAUUUUAUGUCUCGCUUGUCAACUGCUUUGAGCAAACUGGAGAAAGCAAGACAAAAACAUAUUAAUUACUCAAUACUUUUUGUAAUAAUUUGGACUUCAGCUCCCUUUUGAAAAUAAAUAGAUUCUUGCAAAGAUUGAAGCAGACAGAUUAUGGAGAACUGAAUUGCACAAUUUUUAUCUGCAUUGUGAGACUGGUUUGCCCAACCACAGAAUUCUGGUCGAAUCAUGAGCUCUAUUGAUUUUCAGAACUCAUUCUUGUAUUGAUAGUUUCCCUGAAAACCAUUGUAUUUAGUGGUCAUAGUUUGAGAUUUUUUCCCCCAAAAUGCCUGUUUCUGUGUCAGAUAAUUCAUUUAAAUUGUAGAAAUUAUGCAAUAAUUCAUGAUUUGUUUUACAAAGAUAGUAUCAGAAAAGCAACCACCCUCACUCUUUUGGUGUCCUCCAUAAUUUGUUGAGAUUGUAUUUCAUCAGAAAGGCCACCAGCAAAAUGAGUUAUUAUGAGGCUGCUGGCCCUACCUUAGAUGUGGCCUUUUCAGGGUCUAGUUGGUUUGCCUCAGUAUAUAUACCAUUUGUUGUGUCACAGUAUCUGGCUGUUCUAUAGGUAAAUUCAGGGUUUUUAUUCUGGACUGUUUCACCAGCAAUAAGAAUAACAUUUUAAAUCAAUUUUUAUUUAUCCAGUACCGAACUAUUUGGACGCCUAGUAUUCCUUAAGUAGUAUAAAUUACAUUUUCAUUAACCCAAGCACAGAGCUGACUAGUUGACCAGUAUAUGCUUUGCAAAUCUAGUAUCCGACAGAAGUGAAAAACAAUGUAGGCGGGAAAUCCCCUCAUUUUAUAUAUUGGUAAUAUAUUUAAUUAAGAAAAAGACCUGUGUUACUGAGCUGUUACACAUUUAGCCCUUUGGCAGCAUAACUGAAAUUUUGUUAAAAGUCGGGGUUAAUUGAAUUUUUUAAAAGGCAUAGAAAGGGCUAGCUCCAUUGUAAUCAUCAUAUAUAAAUUGGUUUCAAGUACAGUUUUUGUAUUUCACAAAAUAAAAGGUACCGUGCAGGUAGUUAAAAUAUUGUCCAAGGUGCUCUUUUAAGAGAUAAUCUUGGGAAAUGCUUAUGUAUAAAAUAUGUACAUAUAUAAAAUAUAUACACAGUAUAUAAUCUAUAGCUCUGAGAGCUUUUAAGUCAGGAAUGCUGAGUAUUAUAGUAUGUUUAAGGUCAGAAAAAAGAGAAUUUGUGUGUGGGUAUGUUUGGGUUUGCGUGUGCAUUAUUAAAGUGGGUAUAGGCAUGCACAAGUACACACACACACACAACGUUUCUUCUUUUCCCUUUUCCCUCCCCUCAGUACUAUGAGAUACAUUGUUCUGGCGCUUAUUGAUAUGUUGUACCUUUGUUUUCAGUUACUUUAUUUCAUUGCUGUUUAUAGAUAUAUAUAUAUAUAUUUUGAUAGUGAAUUAUCAAACAAUGGCAACUGUUUAAAAGUCCUCAAAUCCCCAUAGUCUUCACUUUGUGCUUUGUCUCUUGGCAGCUAUACACUUUUACAGAAAUAAUAAUUGGAAAACAUUGGAGUUGUAUGAAGGGAACACAAUAGGCCCUUUUGCUAUUUUUGUCCCCUCUUGUAAGGAAAAAAGGGUUGCUCAGUUUUGUGUGAUUGCUUCUUUUUGUGGCGUUUCAUAGCAGCUCACUCCAGACUCCAGCAGUUAUCAGCAGUGUUGCUUGAAUCCACAGCACACUUUUGCCCAGCUAUAUUUACUGUUUCUAUAAUUUUCUCAGUUCCAGAGGUCAUCAUUUUACCCAUCAUUACACUGGGGAGAAAUUCCAGUAUAGCUGUCUUCCUCUUGACAUUUUAGUUUUUAAUGCGUGGGAAGAUUUUUUAUAAGAAGAGGCAUUUUCCUAAUUUCCUUUUUGCAAAGGUAUAGUCCAGGAGUUUUAAUCAUGUGGUUUUGCUCUUGCUUAACUUGAGGAAUUUCUAGCAUGCUUAUUUUGGACCUGUUCUGUUUGUACAUCUCAAUACUCUGAUCAGCUGACUCUCAGGAUAAUUAUAAAAGGAGACGGUUCUCUCAGGGUGAUCUGCACAAGGCAGUACCAAAGAUGUAGAAGUCAGGUUAAGUUAGGAGUAUUCCAGUCCCCCUGGUGUCAGUGGAAAUGUAAUAAAGGUGGAUAUUUCAUUAUUAGAGCAGUCAUACGAUAAAAGGGAAAAUCAUACAUUUCAUAUGGUUUGCCUUGCAGUUUGUGAACAAUGUUCUGAGAACCUGAGGCUAGAAAUAUGAAAAAAACUUUUUAUUGCUAGUGAUAGAGCUUUAUUAUCAUCUGACCUUUAUUUAUUUUUUUAAAGCACAAUUUGAAUGUUUCCCAGUGGCAAUGAAUAUGGGCAGAAUAUUGUGCCUAAUACUGAAUCCUUUAGUGUAAAGUGAGUUCAUGCAUAUGCCGUACAAACCAAUGGUUUAUGAAUCUUCUAAUGUUGCUGUGAGCAUAAUCAUACUGAGAAGCACAGCAAACAAAUAAACAGACGGUGCUGAAAAUUUUGUAGCCUACUCAGCUUCUAAGCCACUCUUUGACUUCAUUUCAAGAUUACAAAUCAGGAGUUAGAGGCCUGAAAUGUAAACCCAGAUAUUUCAACUUGAAAUGCAUUCUUAAAAAUGAAUACAAACCAUAUGCAGUCCAGAAUAAGCUGAUAAUUUUUCAAACACAUUGUAUUUUUGGUACUGCAAAGUGCAGGUCUCCAUUACCCUGAAUUCACGUCUUUUAAAAGCUUUUUCCUAUAAUCAGAAAUUCCUGGGGUUCUUUGUAGAUCAUUUGUACCUUGUUUACACCUGCAAAGAUUCUCAUGACGUCUUGUUACACACCUUCUUGUUCAUUUUCUUAGGGUUUGCAUACCAUUUUAUUUCUAUACAAAGAAUUAUUGAGGAUUUGCUUGUGGGAUGUUAAGAAUGAAUUGGUAGAUUGACUGUCAGGAAUCUGCAGUAAUGUGAUGCAAUAGUAACUAUGUUGGGAUGCUAUUUAGAGCCAGUUACUAUAGUUUUCAGGAUCCAUCUCCACUGUGGAAGCAAUGAGGUUUGUCACCAAUUUAAUUGCCAUGGCUCAAUGCUUUGGAAACCCAGGAGUUUUAGUUUGGUGAGGACUAGCCCUCUUCGGCAGAGAGGAAUAAAAGACCCUGUAAAACAGUGGUUCUCAACCUAUGAGUCCUCAGAUGUUUUGGCCUUCAACUUCCAGAAAUCCUAACAGCUGGUAAACUGGCAGGGAUUUCUGGGAGUUGUAGGCCAAAACACCUGGGAACCCACAGGUUGAGAACCACUGCUGUAAAACUACAACUCUCAUGGUUCCAUAGCAUUCAACCAUGGCAUUCAGAGUGAUGCCAAACCGCGUUAAUUCUACAAUGUAUAUGCAUCCUCAGCCUUAACCAGAUAGGGUUGAUAUUAGGGACAAUCCAAGACAGAAUGAAGCCUAAGAGAAGAAAAUAAUACAGGUUUGGGUGUAAUUAGAAAACCCAUGAACGAUUGAGAGAUCCUUUUGUAUAAAAUGCUUUUUCAAGUUGUUCUUCCUCCAGCUGCUACUAAUUGUUUGUGUAAUAUUCUAUUUUGCAAAAGCAAGUCACUGGAUGUCAGGCUUUUAAUUCCUUUCAAAAUCGAACAGCUUCGCAUGUAAACUGUUCUGGCUGAAGGUGUACUGCUGGGGUCCAGGGAAGAGAGCUAUGCAACCUUGGCACCUUCUGUAAAGUUCCCUCUUUUUUUCUUGGAUGUAAUUUUUCACAUCAAGAGUUUGUCAUGCAAAACUCAUUUAGAAUAAUGUGGGAAGUCUGGAGUGGGGAUGGCUAUGUUAUUUUUAUUUAAUAAAUUUAAUUCAACCCCCUUUAUUUCUAAUUCUUUGCCCAAAACAAUCAGCACAAAACAGGGUAUUGAACUUUCUAAAAGUUUUCUCUGGAAAUUAUAUUACUCAACAGAGAAUAUGGACAACACAUGGAUUAAGUUAAUUUGAGAAUUCUGUACUUCCUCAAACCAUCCCCAUUUUAAUUUUGUAAUUUAUCCUUUUCUGCUUUAUGGGUUUUUUUACAUACUGAGUUAUAAUGCAUUUUAUUAACAUUAUGUACAUACUAAUUGCUUUGUGUUUCAGAAUGCUAGUAAUUGCUUUGUAUAUUAAAGUGAUCCUUGUGAAUUUGUGAAUUAUUGUCAAAAAGUCCCUUUUCUUACUGUAAAGUUUGUGGUAUGAACUGUCAUAACACCCUUUUUACACAUUUAUGUGCAGACACAUAAACAUGCUUUUGAAAUCUU